GGUAUGGAGUUCAGGUCACUCUCUGUGAUACUCUUGCUGAUCUCAUUUGAUCAAGUUGAGCAUUCUCAAGCUCUGUAUAAGGCAGUUCUGACUGUGUGGCCUAAAGGACCACAAAUAUUCAGUGGAGAGACCGUCACACUCAGAUGUUUAAUCCCAGGACAGAGAAUAACAGCCUGGAAGUACUACUGGUUCAGCGGUGACAGAAAACUUCACUCCUCUGAUGAAAACUACUAUGUCAUAAGAGACAUAAACAGGCAUCACAAUCUGAAAUACAAAUGUUAUGGUUAUUGGAAACUGGGCCUCAGAGUCUCUACCUGGAGUAAUGAAGUGACUCUCCCAGUGACAGCAGAAAAACCUAAACCUGAACUCACAUCAAGCCAUAAAGGAGCUGCACUGAUAGGAAAUCCAGUGGUUCUGUACUGUAAGCUGGAUCAGUCUGCUGGAUGGAGGUUUUACUGGUCCAAACACACACAGAGCCCUGAGACUGAGACCAAGACUGAAACACACUCCUACACCAUCAGCUCAGUCAGUGUCUCUGAUGGAGGACAGUACUGGUGCAGAGCUGGGAGAGGAAACCCAGUCUACUACACCCAUUACAGUGAUGCACUCUGGAUAAAUGUUACUGGUGUUUCUCCUCCAGUCUCUCUGAUGGUCAGUCCCAGCAGAGCUGAACACUUUAUUACUGAUUCUCUCUCACUGAGCUGUGAGGGACAGAGUGACUCUACUGGAUGGAGAGUGAGACGAUACACACACAGUGAGAAGGUGUCAGAUUGUUCAUCAGGCUGGGGAUCAGUUGCAGGAUCUACAUGCAGCAUCAGCUCCCUCAACACAUCCCACACUGGAGUGUACUGGUGUGAGUCUGAAUCUGGAGAGAGCAGCAGUCCUGUCAACAUCACAGUGACCAAUGGUGCUGUGAUUCUGGACAGUCCUGUCCAUCCUGUGACUGAGGGAGAUCCUCUGACUCUGCGCUGUUUAUAUCGUGACCCAAAGCCCUCAAACCUCCCAGCUGAGUUCUAUAGGAAUGGAUCACUCCUCCAGACUCAGAAUACAGGAGAGACGACCAUCCGUACUGUCUCAAAGUCAGAUGAAGGUCUCUACCACUGUAAACACCCAGAGAGAGGAGAGUCUCCACAGAGCUGGAUCUCAGUCAGAGCUGCUGAAUCUGCUCCUAAUCACGUUGGAGUUGUAGGAGUAGGUUUUGCUGUGUUGUUCAUCAUCUUACUGAUACUGCUGUGUCGCUACAGAGCUAACAAAGGACAUCUGGCGAACAUCAAUCGGAUGUCAGUUCAGAACUGGAGAGAGUCAGGAGCUGAGGACUCUCAGUCUGGAUACAUGCGAGAGCAGGCUGGAGAUGUCCAUGUUUAUGACACUAUUCAAAGAGCAGAUGCUGACACUGGAUCCAUAGAAGUGACUUAUGCUGAUAUUGAACUGAAAACAAAGAAGAAACUAAAGAAAAAACAAGAGAUGAUAAGUGUGAAUGCUGACACUGUGUACUCAGAGGUGAAGCAGAACACAAACGAAGGUGAUGUCACUGGACUUGAUUCAACACAUGGUUUUAACAGAAAACUUAAGAAUAAAUUUCAGGUCCAAGAGGAGUGAGAACAAAAGCAGUAUAUUACUGAAGAUGUGAGAGAACGCAAGCCAGAAGCUGAUCAUAUGUAUACAUGUGCAAUAGCAGUUUGACUAAGAGAUAAUUCCACCAACAAAUCACAUUUAGGUAUUACAUUUAAUUUUCAGUGGGAGUACGAUAUGAGAAAAAUAAUAGCUCUUUUUGCACAUGUCCUGCUUUUAACUGGCUAAACCUGAUGAAACAUCAACCUGCAAGUCUUGGUAUAGAAACUUUUAGUUGUUCUAUUAAAAAAUAUGUAAAUGAUAAUAUAAUAUAGCUUGCUAAGAAUGUGGCCAUUCAAGUAUUUAAAGCCAGUAAAAAUGUUCAUGUCAUCUAUUAUUUUAGCAAUUUAGUGUCAUGUAUUCAGCCAGUCAGCCUAGGAACUACAUUUUCCAGAGAGUUCCGCCUCAUCACCAGACUCCAGGAAGAUCAUCAGCGGCCAAUCACCGCUCAAGUUCGUCUGAAUACUGAUGUUCAUCUUUGUGCUUGUCUCAUGUGACUAGUGUAGGUUAAUAUUUAAGCCCGGGCUUUAGACAGGUUACUUUGCAGGGUAUUGCAUUCCUAGUUAAUCUACCGAGCAUUAUUUCAGGUUUGAUCUCCAGUGUUUUUGACUUAGUGUUUUUCUCCUGUUUCUCGUUGACGUUGCUUUUUGGACUUGUCCUUUUGUACUGUUGCCUGGUUGUUUUAGUAUUCGGUUUUUGACCUUUUGCCUAUGUUUUUGACUCUGCUUUGCCUGUCUUGGUUAUGUUUGCCUUCUGUGUUUUGUGGAUUACCUUGGAACUGACCCAUGUCUGUGUAUUGACGACGAUAUCUCUGCCCGACUCCCAAGCUAAAGCUUCUUUUGUGUUUUAUAACCGUGAGCGUCUGCUUAUUGGUCAAAUGUUGCAUUUAGACUGAUGUCCUGCAAUAAGUUGUUUAUCCAGUGUGGUGAUUUGCUUUAUAAAGAUGUACAUUUUAUAUAUUCAUGUGAAAAGAUUUUGUCCACUAUGAGGGAGAUUCUUUUGAGCAAGAGAGAGUAUUUGAUUAAUUUAUAUUAAAUAUAGAGCAUGUUAUCACCAGCAAGUAUCUGCAUUUGAUAAGCAGUCAGGUUACACCAGUCAGAUUACUGAACCUACAUCAGGUUCGGUAAGUCUGAAAUAACAGUAAGGAAAAAAGCAGCUUCAGUACUUUCUGAGCUGAGUUUCAGUAGCUCACUAUAGUGCCAUCUCCCUGUAGUCCACCAAAAUUCACUUAAAUACAAUCAAAUAUUUUUUUUGAAAUCGCUAUGAACCUUUUAACAGUGUUUUAUAAACAUUUUGAUGUAAUAUUUUUUACUCUGUUAAUAUAUUGUGUGUAUUUUUGUACUGAUGUACUG